AUUAUUUGAGUCAAAGUUGAAUUUGUUUGAAAUGAAUUCAUAAUUUACGAAUACCUUUGACCCCUAUAAGUACAAACGCCUCUCCCCUCGUACAACCAGAGAUAUAAAAUAAAAUAAAUAAACAUUUUUAUUUUACCAUCUUACCCUUCCUCUGUCAUUUCCCAAUGUAUGCAAUUGCAACCUUCUCUUCCCCCCCCGCCGUUACAACCCUCAACAACACCUAUUCGGUUUCGCGAUCGAAGAAGACGGUCACCGUCAGAAAUUCGGCACAGACGGAGAACAAGGUUGUGGUGGCCGCGGCGGCGGCAGGAAGCUUGUAUGAGAUACUAAGGGUGGAGAGAACGGCAUCGUUUAACGAGAUCAAGACGGCGUACCGGAGUUUGGCCAAGGUUUUCCAUCCAGACGCGAUGGGAUCAUCAUCGGACGGCCGUGAUUUCAUAGAGAUACGCAACGCGUACGCCACGUUGUCGGAUCCGACGGCGAGGGCCAUGUACGAUAUGUCGUUGGCGCCACGUUGGAUGCGGGUCAGGACUCGGGUUUACCCGACUCGAAGAUGGGAAACUGAUCAGUGCUGGUAGAAAAAUUGACUAGAGGGAAUUAAUUUCUGUUACUCGGGUUUUUAUUUUUUGUGAAAAAAAGAACAAAAUGUAGGAAUUUUUCGACACAGCAUCGCAGGUGUUGGCAAUGUUGUUAGAAAUUGCUGUAAAUUCUUCUUCUUCUUUUUUUGUUUUAUCCUCAGGAGUCUAGUAAAUACACAUUUAUCAUAUCCUUCUCCUUUGUAGCUUUUGUAGAAAACAAGAAAUUGAAAAUGGAUUUAAAGCUUGUUUUGCCGUA